CCUGCCGCUGCGCUUCCCCUACGGGCGGCCGGAGUUCCUGGGGCUGUCUCAGGACGAGGUGGAGUGCAGCGCCGACCACAUCGCCCGCCCCAUCCUCAUCCUCAAGGAGACCCAGCGGCUGCCCUGGGCCACUGGCUACGCAGAGGUUAUUAAUGCCGGGAAGAGCACACACAAUGAAGACCAAGCCAGCUGUGAGGUGCUCACUGUGAAGAAGAAAGCAGGGGCCAUUACCUCAACCCCAAACAGGAACUCCAAGAGACGGUCCUCUCUUCCCAAUGGGGAAGGGUUGCAACUCAAGGAGAACUCGGAGUCCGAGGGUGUUUCCUGCCACUACUGGUCGCUGUUCGACGGCCACGCGGGUUCCGGAGCCGCCGUGGUGGCGUCGCGCCUGCUGCAGCAGCACGUCACGGAGCAGCUGCAGGACAUCGUGGAGAUCCUGAAGAACUCCGCCGUCCUGCCCCCGACCUGCCUGGGGGAAGAGCCCGAGAGCAGCGCGGCCAACAGCCGGACUCUGACGCGGGCCGCCUCCCUGCGCGGAGGGGUGGGGGCCCCCGGCUCCCCCAGCACCCCGCCCACGCGCUUCUUCACCGAGAAGAAGAUUCCUCACGAGUGCCUAGUCAUCGGGGCUCUUGAAAGCGCCUUCAAGGAAAUGGACCUGCAAAUCGAACGCGAGAGGAGCUCCUACAACAUAUCUGGCGGCUGCACAGCCCUCAUUGUGGUUUGCCUUCUGGGGAAGCUGUACGUUGCAAAUGCUGGGGACAGCAGGGCCAUAAUCAUCAGAAAUGGAGAAAUUAUCCCCAUGUCUUCAGAAUUCACCCCCGAGACUGAGCGCCAGCGACUUCAGUACCUGGCAUUCAUGCAGCCUCACUUGCUGGGAAAUGAAUUCACACAUUUGGAGUUUCCAAGGAGAGUACAGAGAAAGGAACUUGGAAAGAAGAUGCUCUACAGGGACUUUAACAUGACAGGCUGGGCAUACAAAACCAUUGAGGAUGAUGACUUGAAGUUUCCCCUAAUCUAUGGAGAAGGCAAGAAGGCUCGGGUAAUGGCAACUAUUGGAGUGACCAGGGGCCUUGGGGACCAUGACCUGAAGGUGCAUGACUCCAACAUCUACAUAAAACCAUUCCUGUCUUCAGCUCCAGAGGUAAGAGUCUACGAUCUCUCCAAAUAUGAGCACGGAGCAGAUGAUGUGCUGAUCUUGGCCACUGACGGACUCUGGGAUGUUUUAUCAAAUGAAGAAGUAGCAGAAGCAAUCACUCAGUUUCUACCUAACUGUGAUCCAGAUGACCCUCACAGGUACACACUGGCAGCUCAGGACCUGGUGAUGCGUGCCCGAGGAGUGCUGAAAGACAGAGGAUGGCGGAUAUCUAAUGACCGACUGGGCUCAGGAGAUGACAUUUCUGUAUAUGUCAUUCCUUUAAUACAUGGAAACAAACUGUCAUGAAAACAGCCCAGGGGAUUGGGAGGGCAGAGGGGAAGAACACUGGGAUUGCCUCUUGGCAGGGCAGAAUGGGAAGUGCCCAGCUGUGUCCAAGUGAUGAUGCAAUCUCUUUCCAGAUAGGUGGGGUGUGUGCUGCCAGAAGCCCUCUGGCUAUGCUUCAAGAUGACCCUUAGGUUUCAUUUCUUCUUUAGUAACAGGUCUGGACACUCAACAAGAGCAAAACACAAAGGCUGCUACUGAGUGUUAUAUUUCUGUUGCUUCCUAGCAGGGGCCUCCUAGGUGGCCAUUGCCUGUUUUAGGCACAUAUGUCCUAUUUAUUUUAUCCAGAGUAGCUGGGGCAGCCAUUUUCAGGUGUAACUGGCAGAAGACUCUCCUGCCUGUCAAGCUGCCAGCUUCUCUACGGGUUAAGAGUGCUGCAUUGGGAAGUUGGGGACCAUGACUCAGAAAGUGGAAGCGCCCACCUUCUAGUAAGCCCAAGAUUUAUUUCAGGGAUUGCUGCUGCCCUUCUCUCCCUCCUUCUCUUUUUCUUUCUCUCUUUCCAUUCCUUUGUGGUGAAGGUGAGGUGAGGCAGGGAUUUUUUUUUUUCCUUUUUGACUUUUCUUCAGUCUUUACUUUUUCCAUUCCACAGAACAGGACUAGACUAUCCAGAUUUUUGUUGAGGACUUUGCGCCAAAAUCCAGCCCAGGCUGGGAUGUCCCUAUGUUCUCCUGUCCUACUACCCAGGCAGCCACAGGAGCAGAGCCCUGCAUGGCAGAGUCUAUCUUUGUUGUGUAACAUUUGCUCCUGAGAUGCAUUUUCUCACCAAAUCAGUGUGUUCUCAUGAAAAUAUGGGUGUUCAUUUGGGCCAUCAGUCUUUCUAGUGUCCUCCGUGGUCCCCUUGUAUGGCUUGAGCUUUCUCUGUGAGAGUGGAUUUUUAUUUCUGGGACGGUUGGCCCUCUUUGACCUGCCAUAUGUGGACAUAUGUAACACAGUGUUAACGGAGCAGUUUAGGAAAGCUCCUUGUAUCUGUCAGCUCACUAUACCUCAACUAAAGGUCAUUUAGGAUUCAGGUUACUUGGGCCACAACUGUCCCCAGAGCCACUCCAAACAAAGAGGAAGCGUCAGAGUUCUGUCAAGGAGCAGCUGUUUCCCUUUCCCCAUCUUCUUUGUGCAGGGCCCACUCAGGAUGGUCCUUUAAUGAAAGUGAACUUGAGUUGGGUUGACUGGUCAUUACCAUGUUAUGCUCCCUGUCCCUCCUCCAGGUAAGUAUGUCCUGGGCCCCUGAGAAGUGAGACCUCGAUUCCCACUGUCAUUCCACCUCUGUAUGUCCUCACCUGAGCAGACACAGUGGACAUCACAUCUGUCUGCUGUUUCCAUGCCAGGAGGAAUGACAAAGUUGAUCUGUAAAAUCACUUGUCUUCUAGGCAGACUACUCUGUAAACUGGGGGAUGUUGUAGAACAACAUCUAAUGACCUAGUCUUCUUCCUGCAGAGCAACUGGCAUGUUGUCACUGUUUGAACAAUUGUGUGUAAAUUAAAACACUCUUCUGACCCAAUUAAGAAAGCCAUUGGUACCAUCUCCCAAAAUGCUGGAGAACCAAUUCCAGUCCUCAGGUUGUUUGAAUUGAAUGCUUUCCUUAAAGGAGAGGAUCAGAACCUUUCCUUCAGAGUAGUAGAUCACCGGAAUUCCUAGAGCUAAAGAUUAUUUUCUUAGAGAAGGCUCAGAGCCUAGAAUUCAUUCCAGUGUGGAAACGAGACCUUGACUGACAGGUGAAGUACUGUGGGAAUGCACCCACCAGGUGUUUGCCAAAGUGUUGCCUGGGGAGAAUUGGACUACUGCCCUGUCAAGAGUCCUCUUCAUCUGCCAGGGUUCCCACCUUUCUCAGUAAACUGUAGCUACCCAGUGCCUCUGUGAGGAGCAAUUUAUGGUAGACCAUUGCUUCCCUGGCAGAAAAUGAUGCCAAGAGGAAACCAUCAGGCACCCACAGCAGUGUGACCGGCUUUCUGCUCCUGCUCUGAUUCAAAGUUACAUACCAACUGGAAACAUGAGAAAGUCUUCUAUGGAAGAAGCUGCUGCCUUUGAGAGCUUUGCCGUGUUUCUAUUGCCUUCUGGUUCUUUCCUUUACCUGGACCUCAAUCUGGGCCCUACCUUGAGCUUCUCUAGUUUUCUCCAAGCUACCAGAGUUGAAAUUUCAAGUAGAUAUCAUGACCGCCUUCUACUCAAUUCACUAUUACAUUUACUGCCAACGCAUGUCUCAGGAAAAACUCUGGAAACUUUUUAUUCAAAUUAUCCUAAAAUCUUGAGCAUUUCGUCCUGCUGGCUAUACUUAGAUAUCCAGGAAUUCUUUUCAUAAGCUAUGUUGAGUGAAAAGAUCUUAGUAGCAAGCUAAAGCCAUAUUUAUGUUUUAGGGGAUGGCAGAAAGAUUAUAAAUGAAGUGAAUAAAUCAAAAGUAGAAAAAAUGAUUAGUUAAUGCCUGUAGCCAAAUUAACCAGCACUGAAAUUGCUCUGUGAAUUGAGCUUAUUGGUGUGGGUCUUGUUUCUCACCCAGGGCCCAACUCACGCCAUCCCAGAUCAGUAUCUGGUGUCUCCAUAACAGGUUAGCCCGUGGAGCAUUCCUGGUAAGAUCAAAAGACAACACACUCAAGGUUCUGAAAUCUUGUGUAUCUAAUGUAUAACCAAAUGUGCGUGUCCUGACCUGAUAGCCUCAGAGGAAGUCUUGUUUAGGAAAAAGCUUUUGAUUUCUUAAUCAAGUCUUUAGAAUUGUCUCGAGGUGUGUGUGGCCACUUCCUCUAAUGAAAGGCUCUUUCAGCUCUAAAUCUCUUUGUUGGGCUGGUCCCUGUCCUUCAGACUAUUCAGAGGUACUCUUCCUUAAAGAGAGUAAGCUCACAGUGCAUCCAUAACACUGCAGUGUUAGACCACAACCAAAGCUUUGUUCUUAUAGCACCUGAAAUCAGAGCAGUGUCAGCAGUCAGAGAGGUGGGGUGGCAAUGGGGCUUCUACUGUGGCUAUGCCUAACUGCUGUUCUUAAAGGGGGAAGGCAAAGGUGAACAUUGGGCUGGGACAAGUACUCUGCUGUCUAGUAGGACAAAGUCUAGACAAGUGGAGCUCUCAGUUAUUUUUUAUUAUUGCUCAGCUUUGGAGUAUUUGAGGUGUU